AAGAGUGAGCACAGGAACAUUGUGCGAGAGGGCGGGGGAGCAGAGCGCGCGACUGUCAAGAGGAGAGAGGAGGAAAUCUAACAAGUGAGAAAACUGUUGCAUUUUGGUAAAGACGCUUAUUAGUGGAUUAAAAUAUGAAAAUCUACAAAAAUUCUCUUUAGAAUAUCAUGGAGCAUAGAAAGGAAGUGAGAAGUUAAUUUGGUAAGUGGUAGCCUAAGUCACUAUUUUGUUCCGUCUGUCUGCCUUGGGUGUUGAUGACCAACGAGUGACCUGUUACCCACUGACUGGAAAAAUAAUAAUAGUCGGCAUAACGACGAUUAAGAGAAAAACAAAAGUGAAUUUGCUGUUAGUUUUCGAAUUCGUCGGACUAUUCCAGAGCUUGACAACUCACGGAGACGACGGUGAGGAUGCGCUGUCUUCGCUGUUUUCUCGACCACGUUGAAAGUCUGCCUGCGCGAAACUGAGAGGUUCACCUUCCCACAGCGUAUCKCAGAUCAUCGACACCUCUAUUGUGCAGCGAGGAGCAAAAGAAUGCUCCUGGCACAAGAUGUCUGAUUUACAGGCGAGCAGUGGAACCUUAGAUAUUCUCUGCUACGACUCAACUCACCACAAAAAAAACAGAGAAGCAAGUUUUUAUGAGGAACAGAACAUUUUCUCAAUACUAUUUCAAUAAAUACUGACUUUUGAAAAAAAUCACCUUCAAACAACCAUAUCUGAGAGGGGAAUUUGUUAGUCUACCCAAGAGGAAAACAGACCCAGGAUUAAGCGAUGAAAAAUACAUAGAGAAAGAGAAACACAAGGAAGGAGGAAUAGGAACAAAUACAAGAGAUUUAAGCGCUCUUUCAUUCCUCUCCACUCAUCCUUGGACCAGACAAGUGAGUGCCCUUCACUGAAUGCCGUGGGUGAGAUGGACUCCUUUGGGAAUACUGGAGCAGACCCCACCUGACAGCUCUCCAACGGAGAAAUAUAAGGACAUUCCACCAGGAGAUCCUGCUGCCAUUCUGGCAGAAAAAUAUUAAUAUUUUUAGAGAACCCUCUAGAACAAUCUACACUCCAUCCCAGGGAAAAACCUUGCAUUUAACCUUCCAAAGACCUGGAUGUGUGACUUAGUCAGUUUCAACCCGUGUCUGUAACACUGAGAAGUUGUUCACACUCAACUGGCUGGUUUCUCCUCUAGCCCUCUGAAAGAAAAUAACAUACUACAUUUGAUAUCAGUGAGAUCUUUACUGAAAAGAAGGAUGAAGAAAGUGAAUAAAUAUUGUUUUGCGGAUUAAACGUUUUACCUUAAAAAAUAAAUGUGGAGAAAAGAGUUUUGACAAAUUAGAGGAUAAACCUAGAAAAACAUUUAAAAAAAUGAAUGGAAUGAAAACAUGUUUUGUAUUCUCUUCCUGACAUUUGACUUCAACGACUCCUGAUUUUGCAACAUUGAGCUUUGCUGUUCCUUAAGUGUCCUAUAGCAUCUCAUUCCUGUCUUUAAUUUGAAAUCUCCUAUAUUUAUAGUCUUUCCUCACAACCCUCCUACCUUUUCACUCUCCCUCAUUUACAUCUUAUUUCCCUUAGGUAAAAUUAACUACUUCCCCCCUACUCCCAGUGUAGAACCUCUCUGUCCCAUCGCCUUUCCCCCCUUAGCCCCUCUCUCACUAUCUCUCCCCCUAGUCCUGGUUUUCCCAGAGUUCAUUCUGGCCGGCACCACCAUUCCGGCCAAGGGGGAGGAGGACUUCCUCACUCUGGCCGCCUCCCGGCUUAGCCGCAGGAAACGUGUCAUCGGGGCAGGAGUGGGCGUGGCCAUGGUGCUGGUGCUGCUGGUCGCCAUCCCCUUAUUGGUUCACACCACCAAAGGGGGGGCGUCUGGAGGCGGGAGCACCCACUAUGAGAUGCUCGGCAGCUGCAAGAUGGUGUGCGACUCUUUCACCCCCCCACAGGGCAGCCACGAGCUGACCGCUGUCUCCCCCCAACCCCCAGACUUCACAGGGAGAAGGGGCAAGUCUGGGUUUCGUGGGAGCCCUGGCCCCCCAGGCCCCAGAGGUCCCACAGGAGAACCAGGCAAGCCAGGCCCCCCUGGUCCCCCCGGCCCUGGCCCAGGGGGCUACAUCCCCUCCUUCUACAGCCCCAAGAUCGCCUUCUACGCUGGCCUCCGCAAACAGCAUGAAGGGAGUGAGGUGUUGAGGUUUGACGACGUAGUGACCAAUGUGGGGAACUACUAUGAACCCAGCACUGGCAAGUUCACCUGCCCCCUACCUGGCAUCUACUUCUUCACCUACCAUGUCCUGAUGAGGGGCGGAGAUGGGACCAGCAUGUGGGCCGACUUAAAAAAGAAUGGACAGGUGAGGGCCAGUGCCAUUGCCCAGGAUGCUGAUCUGAACUAUGACUAUGCCUCCAACAGUGUCAUCCUGCACCUGGACGUGGGGGACGAAGUGUGUGUGCAGCUCGAUGGGGGUAAAGUCCACGGAGGAAACACCAACAAAUACAGCACCUUCUCUGGCUUCCUCAUCUACCCUGACUGAAGGCAGCCACCUGACUGAAGGCAGCCACAUGUUACACACACACACACACACACACACACACACACACACACACACACACACACAACCAUACACACACAACUACACACAUUCUCCCAGGCAAACAAAUACAGCAACUAUUUCAGGAUCCUCAUCCAACCUGAUUCUCUCAACCACUCUCUUCUCUCUCUUUUUUUCCCUCUCUCUCUCCCUCUCUCUCUCACUCCAUUGCUAAAACACACAGUAUUUAAAGAAACAGAUGCAAUGGGAAAAGGAAAUGUAUAAUGGCUCUGUGUUUUUAAUGUCUAGAUAAUGGUCAUACCAUAACAUUCCAAACCAAGUAUAGUUACAAGGCAUCUAUUGUGCAUAUAGACUGUGUAUAUAGACAUUUUUAUUUAAUACACACACCCAUUUGUUUGUCAUGUGUUUUGUCAUUCUCAUGAUAUCAAUGAAUCACAGAUAUGUAAAUGAAACUAACAUGUAAGUAUGGGGUGACAAACAAGAAUUAUGUCAAGACAAAACUUGUUUAAAGAUCAUCUUGAUAUCGUGUGUAUUCUUAAAGUUACAUAUAUAUUCACUUCUGAUGCGCACACAUCUGUGUGUAUGAUCAUGUAUGUGGAAGCAUACCUACAUGACUCGCAUACAACUCUUUCACACACACACACACACACACACACACACACACACACACACACAAACACACACACAGUGAUUCAUUGAACUUCCCCUAUCUAGUGUUGCAUUGACAUGAGCUGACCAUUUCGGCCACCAGUGUGGAAUUUAGUAAAAUGGUCUCAGAUUGCAGACUGUAAAUGGAAGACUGCGAGGUUGGUUGCAGAGCUUCCCGCCUCCCUUCUUCGCUCCAAGAUGGAUUUCCAAUACGGCUGAAGACACCAAAUGAGAAAAGUCAUGAAUAUAUUGAUCGGAGCUGAUAAUACACCCAACACCAUGAACAUCAUCCAGUGUGGUGUGUGUAAGAUAAGUAUCAUGUUGUUAGUUUUACCUACACGGCCCCUGCCUACAGCUAAGGGGGGUGGGGAGGGGUGAUGGUAGUCCCCUCACACACAGGAUAUCAAUGAUGAGGCUUAUGGUAGACAGAUACAGUAUUUUUCCAGACCUUAUGGUGGAUGAUAGAGCAUCAUCAUGUUCCACUAAUGAGCCCAUCCUUUGUUUAAACUCUCAACCCUCAAACCCUAUUCCUAUAUUCACUUUACAUUCAAUUGAUAACAGAGCAAUUUAAACUGGGUGUCGAACCCAGACAUAAUCAGAGAUGGAGCUUUAGAUCAUGGAGAGAUGAUGCUUUAGAUCAUGGAGAGAUGAUGCUUUAGUUCAUGGAGAG